AUGCAAGCAACCCGUAACUCCAAAGACUCCAUGACAUCCACCUGGCGCGAAGGCGACAAAACCGAAUGGACAAUCCAUCACUGGAUGUACGAAGUCCUCGGAAUUCACCCUACCACCAUCGGCAAACCCAUCCCAGUGCACAGCAAAGACGACAAGAUCCCCUUUGUCCCCAAUUGGACCCACCAGCGCUGGGUGCUUGUCCACGCAUUCAUCCCACUCGCCCUGCAACAAAUCUAUAUCUACUACACAGGCCACAACUUCUCAUCGAUAGCAGCGUUUUUCUUCUACACCAUUGCCCUAAAAGCUAUCGCCAUAAAAGAACUUCAACUACUGCGUCGUCAGGGUCACAUGUAUGGGUUCCUAGACGGCGACGCUCAUCCGCGCGACCAAGUUCCCGACCACAGUGUGCUGAAAGCCCUGCGCUCCCUAUCCAUCACCUCCGCCAUCCGGCCGCUCUUCACCAUAAUCCUCACCUACCAUACCGCUCUCGGCCCCUCAUCGAUAAACUGGUUAUUCCUGCCUUUAGAGAUAGGACUGUACCAAAUCGUGCUCGAUUUCUGGUUUUACUGGUACCAUAGACUUAUGCACGAGGUAGAGGGAUUGUGGAAAUACCACCGCACGCACCACCUGACCAAACACCCGAACGCCCUGCUCACGCUGUACGCAGACCACGAGCAAGAGUUCUUCGACAUAGCCGGGAUCCCACUGCUCGCGUACUUCAGCAUGCGGGUGCUCGGCAUGCCGAUGGGGUUCUACGAGUGGUGGGUAUGUCAGCAAUACGUGAUAUACACGGAACUGGCCGGACAUAGUGGACUACGCUUGUAUUCGACGCCGCCUAGUACGCUGCACUGGCUGCUGAGGAUGUGGGGGCUGGAUUUGGUGAUUGAGGACCAUGAUUUGCAUCAUAGAAGGGGCUGGAAGAAGAGCGGGAAUUAUGGGAAGCAGACUAGAGUUUGGGAUAAGGUGUUUGGGACGAUGGGGGAGAGGAUUGAGAGUACGAAAGAUAAGAUUGAUUAUGGGAAUACGGUUAGUAUGCCGAUGUGGUGA